AUGAAGAGGAACAAUUUAUCUGUUGGGAAUAAAGUUGUCCAGUCUUCACCAGCAGUGAAACAGCCUAAACUUGGGUUCUACUCUUCUCUCAACCAGACUCAUACAUACACUGUCCUUCUAGACUGGGGGAGUUUGCCUCACUACGUAGUGUUACGCAUUUUUCAGUAUCUUCCUUUAAUGGAUCGGGCCCGGGCAUCUUCUGUAUGUAGGAGAUGGAAUGAAGUUUUUCAUAUUCCUGACCUUUGGAGAAAGUUUGAGUUUGAACUGAACAAGUCAGCUACUUCAUAUUUUAACUCCACUCAUCCUGAUCUCAUUCAGCAGAUCAUUAAAAAGCAUGCUGCCCAUCUCCAGUAUGUCAGCUUUAAGGUUGAUAGUAGUACUGAAUCAGCAGAAGCUGCCUGUGACAUACUUUCUCAGCUGGUAAAUUGUUCUAUACGGACUUUGGGCUUGAUUUCAACGGCCAAGCCAAGUUUUAUGAAUGUGUCAAAGUCUCAUUUUGUGUCAGCACUUACAGUUGUUUUUGUCAACUCAAAAUCAUUAUCAUCAAUCAAAAUUGAAGACACACCAGUGGAUGAUCCUUCUUUGAAGAUUCUUGUGGCCAAUAAUAGUGAUACUCUAAGACGCCUCAAAAUGAGUAGCUGUCCUCAUGUUUCGUCUGAUGGAAUCCUUUGUGUAGCUGACCAUUGUCAAGGUCUUAGAGAACUGGCAUUAAAUUAUUACAUGCUAAGUGAUGAACUUCUCCUGGCACUUUCAAGUGAGACCCAUGUUAACCUUGAGCAUCUUCGAAUAGAUGUUGUGAGUGAAAAUCCUGGACAAAUCAAAUUUCUUUCUAUUAAAAAACAAAGUUGGGAUGUACUCAUUAAACACUCCCCUGGAGUUAAUGUUGUUAUGUACUUCUUUUUAUAUGUAGAGGAAUUGGAGACGUUCUUCAAAGAAGAAACCCCUGUUACUCACCUUUAUUUUGGUCGUUCCAUAAGCAAAGCAGUUCUAGGACGGAUAGGUCUUAACUGUCCACGACUAAUAGAGUUAGUAGUAUGUGCUCAUGGUCUUCAGGCUCUUGAUAAUGAACUUAUUUGUAUUGCUGAACACUGUAAAAACUUAACAGCCUUGGGCCUCAGUCAAUGUGAAGUUAGCUGCAGUGCAUUCAUUGAGUUUGUAAGACUAUGUGGGAGAAGGCUAACCCAGCUCUCUAUCAUGGAGGAAGUUUUGAUCCCUGAUGAUGAUUAUAGCCUAGAUGAAAUUCAUGCUGAAGCCUCCAAAUACCUGGGAAGAGUAUGGUUCCCUGAUGUCAUGCCUCUCUGGUAA